AUGGAGCACCUUCUGAACAAUUGUGAAGAUCCGAAUAUUGAGGGUGGCGAGCACUCUAUCCCUCUCAUUGCGGCUACGAGUCGAGGACACAGAAAAGCGGUGAAACUCCUCCUAAAGCAUGGAGCGGAUGUGAACUGCCGUGACCGGAUGAAGAGGAUUCCGCUUCACCAUGUAGGGGCUUCGUCUGAUAUUGGGCUCUUUCGAAUUUUCAAGGACCAUUUCGAAGGUCUAGGUGAUACUGCCGGCGCAACUACGAUGUGGCGAACAUUUAUCAAUGCUAAAGACGUCUUCGGCCAAACCCCGCUACAUCUCGCAGUUUGGCAGUCCGACCAUGAGACUGUUGAUAUGCUGUUGAGACAUGGCACGGAGAUCAAUGCGAAGGACAAAAACUGGGACACGCCAUUGCAUUUUGCAGACAUGAUGACCAGAAAUCGACAACUCCAGACCCCCGGUGAGCUCGCCGAGCUCGAUCUAUCACUCCUUCUCACGGAACACCUAGACACCUUAGGGAAAGGCGUGCUCCCUGUUCCUGAGAUUGAAGAGGAUUCGAAAUCACCACAAGUACGCAUUCCCAAAGGCAAAUUGAGUAUCAGUAUUCUGGGUACAAGAGGACUGUUUGAGUGCCGUCGACCUUGCAUUGUUGUGUCGUUCCAGGGAGCCAAAAAGCACAAGGACGUCUGGUCACCAGGAGCUGUGUGGAAAUGGCAUUUAACUUUGUAUGCUCCCCUCCAAGCUCUAAUAAAAGACAUGGCUGAUAUUUUUGGGGUUGCAGUGACGUUCACGGAACGGAAAAGGACCUCAAUUUGCGGUUCUUUGAUAUUACGCCCAUUGGAUCGAUAG